GUAAUUUUCAGGUGCCAAUUCUUGAUAUCAAAUGACCGAUUUAGCUUUUUCCUGCAAAUGAGCAGAGCUUGGCGAGAAAUUUUGGGUGUGGGAUUUUCGGAGUAGACAUGAAAACUUGUAGAAGCCUUUAUCUGAGCCCGCGAAUUUUAUUUCCGGUGUUGAUUCUAACGAUUCUCCGCCGAGUCAGCCCCAACUUGGUAUCCCCGCUGUGUGAACUCAGCUUCAAGGACAGGAACAAGGUUUAUCAAUACAGCUUGGCUUCUCCAGUGCGUACGUAUCCGUAUGGCAUUCUCAGUGAAGAUGGGUUUUAUAAAGUGGCUGUUAAUGGGACCGUGCUUUGGUUUCAGCUUUGCAGUUCAAUGAUAUUCAACCACGAUAUACCUUUAUGUGUCGACUGUAAGGACUGUGGGGGUCAAUCACAUUGUGGUAUGGGUUGCAGUGCACUCGUGUCUAACAAGUAUGGAGGCUAUCCUGUUUGUACCACUCUUGGUCAGCCUUCAAGUACACUCAUUGAUAUCCGUGAUAAAAAGAGUCCUCAUGCAGGUAUCAUUGUCAAGGUGACUAACAGUGGCCCAAAGCAUAACUGUUCACUUUCUGUGUCAGUCAUUUGUAAUUCAAAUGGAGUCCAAGGUCCGAGGACCUUGGAGAAAGUUGGGUUUUGUGAUUAUAACACAGAGUUGAAGCAUCCGUUGGGUUGUGCGAAGGUUAUAUCCUCCAAAGGAAGCGGAUUCGGAUUUGGCACCUUCAUGAUCCUAAUCUUAUGCCUCUUUGGAGGUUACAUUCUAGCUGGUGCAAUUUACCGGUACUUCUUCCUGCAUGUUCGUGGCAUUGAUGUAAUUCCAAACUUAGAGUUCUGGGCCAGCUUACCACACAGGGCACAGAGUUUGUAUCACUCUUUAAUACGGAGAUUCAGAGGACCUUCCUAUAAUUACAGAAGCUCGUAUUCACCCGUUAACUUUUGAGCUCCACCGGCUGCCAAGUUUUUUAUGUGGAUGAGAAGUAGAUUUUCUAGCUGGCAUCUGGAGGAUUGUGUUUUUUUGUGUGCAACUUUUGCUAUUUUCAGGAAGCCACACUUAAUUUGAUAAACUUUUUGUGCUUUACUUGUGAAUUACUUCAUACAGAAAUAUUUGUGAAUUGUGUAAUUCCUUGAUUUUCUUGGUUGAACUUUUUGUGUAAUUGACCUGAAAUGGUUGGCACAAAACUGUCUUGUGGUACUUAAAAGUUAAAACUGGCCAAUCAUG